UCUUCAAAGCGACGGAGCGAAGCCGCUCCAAGGGGCAAACUCCGCCCACUCUGAACGAAAACAGUGCUGGUUCUGCGGCAGCGAGGCGCCCGGCAGCCGUGAGCGACACGUCGACUAAAAGUCAUUAAGUCCCGGUCCGAGUCAUGCUGGACCCGUCCUCCAGCGAAGAGUCCGGCGGAGAGUCCGAGCCAGAGGUCCGGGUGACCACGAGGACACCGCCUGCUUCGGCGGCCGGGAAGCCGGGCAGCUUCGACGGUGAAGGCGGCGGUUCGCCCGGCGCACCUGCUGCUGGGGCUGCCGGUGAAAGUGCCGAACCGGGUGACGGUCCAGGUAAGGAGGACCAGGAGGAGCGGCGGCUCCGGAGGGAGGAAGAGGAGCGCAAAAUCAGACUGCAGAUUUAUGUCUUCGUCCUGCGCUGCAUCGCGUACCCGUUCAACGCCAAGCAGCCCGUCGACAUGGCCCGGCGGCAGCAGAAGGUCAAUAAGCAGCAGUUGCAGGCGGUGAAGGAACGAUUUCUGGCCUUCCUGAAUGGGGAAACUCAGAUUGUGGCGGAUGAAGCUUUUUAUAAUGCAGUGCAGAGCUACUACAAGGGUUUCCUGAAAAGCGAGCGUGUGUCCCGCAUGGUGCAAAGCGGCGGCUGCUCAGCCAGCGACUUCCGUGAUGUCUUCAAGAAAAAUAUUGAGCGGCGCGUUCGCAGCCUCCCGGAGAUUGACGGUCUGAGCAAAGAAACUGUCCUCAGUUCCUGGAUCACCAAGUACGACGCCAUCUACAGGGGGGACGAGGACCUGCGGCGCCAGGCUCAGCGCAGCCACCAGAGUGCCGUGUCAGAGCUGAUCCUCAGCAAGGAGCAGCUGUACGAGAUGUUCCAGCAGAUCCUCGGCAUCCGCAAAUUUGAGCACCAGCUGCUGUACAACGCCUGCCAGCUGGACAACAUGGACGAGCAGGCGGCUCAGAUCCGCAGAGAACUGGACGGCAGAUUACAGCGCACCGAGAAGAUUGUCAGGGAGAGAAAAUACCCACAAUUCAUCUGUGCUGACAUGGAGGCGCUGUACGUGGAGGAGCUUCGUUCUUCGGUUAACCUGCUGAUGGCGAGCCUGGAGAGUCUCCCCGUGUCGAAGGGCGGAGCCGACUUCAAGCAGAAACUCAAACGCUCCUCCGUGAACAACUCCUUCCUGGAGUUGGGCGACGAGACUGACCUUCUGUCCAAGUCUGAUGUGGUUCUGUCCUUCACCCUGGAGGUCGUGAUCAUGGAGGUCCUGGGUCUGAAGUCCAUCGCUCCGAACCGGAUUGUGUACUGCACCAUGGAGGUGGAGGGUGGCGAGAAGCUACAGACCGAUCAGGCUGAAGCCUCCAGACCACAGUGGGGGACUCAGGGGGACUUCAGCACCACUCAUCCUCUGCCGUCAGUCAAAGUCAAGCUGUUCACAGAAAACACUGGGGUCCUGGCGCUGGAGGACAAGGAGCUGGGCCGGGUGGUUCUGAACCCGACCACUAAUGGGCCGAAGCAGGCGGCGCUGCACCGGAUGAUUGUCCCCAAAAACAGUCAGGACUCAGACCUGAAGAUCAAACUGGCUGUCCGCAUGGACAAACCGCCCAACAUGAAGCACAGCGGGUGAGUUCGAGGCUCCGCCCCCUUUGUGCUUUUAUAGAG